AUGAUGCGUUUAGAGACCUGGGUUAAACCAAAGGUCAGAAGACAACAGGUUUGCGGAUACUGGCAUCGGCGCAACCUGCACGUGCUGGCGGCAGGUGAUGGCGCGGUCGGCGACCUCGCCGGCAUUACAUGCGUAGACGCGCGCCGCCGCUUUCCUGCUUCCUGCUUCCCGCAGCCUCGCUGCCUUGAGACUACUCGCCAAUGUCGCCGCUACGGCGACCGCUGCCUACGCAAAGGUGGCAGAAAGGGCGGAAAGGCGGCGGCGGCGGCGGCGGCGGGAAGAAAGGGCGGCGGCGGCAGCGGCGGCGGGAAGAAAGGGCGGCGGCGGCAGCGGCGGCGGGAAGAAAGGGCGGCGGCGGCAGCGGCGGCGGGAAGAAAGGGCGGUGGCGGUGGCGGCGGCGGGAAGAAAGGGCGGAAAGGCGGCGGCGGCAGGAUGAAAGGGCGGAAAGGGGGCGGCGGCGGCAGGACGAAAGGGCGGAAAGGGGGCGGCGGCGGCAGGACGAAAGGGCGGAAAGGGGGCGGCGGCGGCAGGACGAAAGGGCGGAAAGGGGGCGGCGGCGGCAGGACGAAAGGGCGGAAAGGGGGCGGCGGCGGCAGGAAGAAAGGGCGGAAAGGGGGCGGCGGCGGCAGGAAGAAAGGGCGGAAAGGGGGCGGCGGCGGCAGGAAGAAAGGGCGGAAAGGGGGCGGCGGCGGCAGGAAGAAAGGGCGGAAAGGGGGCGGCGGCGGCAGGAAGAAAGGGCGGAAAGGGGGCGGCGGCGGCAGGAAGAAAGGGCGGAAAGGGGGCGGCGGCGGCAGGAAGAAAGGGCGGAAAGGGGGCGGCGGCGGCAGGAAGAAAGGGCGGAAAGGGGGCGGCGGCGGCAGGAAGAAAGGGCGGAAAGGGGGCGGCGGCGGCAGGAAGAAAGGGCGGAAAGGGGGCGGCGGCGGCAGGAAGAAAGGGCGGAAAGGGGGCGGCGGCGGCAGGAAGAAAGGGCGGAAAGGGGGCGGCGGCGGCAGGAAGAAAGGGCGGAAAGGGGGCGCGGCGGCAGGAAGAAAGGGCGGAAAGGGGGGCGGCGGCGGCAGGAAGAAAGGGCGGAAAGAGGGGGGCGGCGGCAGGAAGAAAGGGCGGAAAGGGCGGAAAGGGGGCGGCGGCGGCAGGAAGAAAGGGCAGAAAAGAAGGAAGAAAGGAGGAAAUGAGAAGGAAGGUAUGGAGGCAAAUUAA